AUGCGGGCAGUGAAAACCAUAGACCCAUUGUCUCUGGUGGCGGAACACUGCGCGGACUGUAAACACACUUUCGCCAUCCAGAACGCCAAAAUUCUGGGUCGAGACAAUGACCGCGUAGCCAGGGAAGCAAUCGAGGCUUGGCACACGGAGACAACCUCAAUAAAUCGUUGUGUCGCCCUUGGGGCAACCUAUCAAGCCCUCCAGCCGCGGUUCAACGAAAUAAAGAGCAAGCGCGAAGUCAGGACGGACGCGAAUCCAAACACGGGAGAACCUACGACGGACCUACAGGUAGAUACACCGCAAAUCGGACCCGACGAAGGCGCAGUCAUCAAUACUGUUGCCUCAAUCACUACACCGGCAGACGAAGAGAAACGCGGUCAGAAGGAUGCAAUCAAAACUAGCAACCCAGUACGACAACUAAGGUCAACGCGAAUGCGGGCGAUGACCACCAACGUUCAAAUGUCGUCCCCCGACGAGAGACAGGCGGAUUGACAGCAGUCAUCCUCCCUCCGGUUCUGCCCCUUCGACUACAGAGACGAUCCCUGUGUGUAUGUGGGUCAUUAGCGUCAAAGUCAAUUUACCACUCCUCCCGUAUAAUAACCGCCGUGUUAACAUGACUGUCGUCUAUCCCCCCUCCCAUAAAUUAUGUGUGGUGCCGUACGAUACUCACCUCCGAAGAUGAAAGCUUGUCUGCUUUUGAAACGUCAGGACAAUACAAUUAUGGUUCCAGAGAUCGCCUCUUCUACUCAUAUGUAUAUAUGUAUUGCUGAUAGAAGCGAAGAUGCGCGUCCCCGGACAUAAAUGAGGGGAAGAGGCGAUCUGGUAAACAAUGGUUGUAUUGCCCCGACGUUUCAAAAACAAACAAGCUUUCAUCGUCGGAGGUGAGUAUAGCAACGCGCCCCACAGUAUUCAUAGGUGGUGGUGGUGAUCUCCUUGCAAGGGAUCUACCUCUCGUCGGGGGGGGGGCGGCGUUCGGACGCUAGUCGUCAUCGCACGUGUUUGCGUGGACCUUAAUUCUCAUCCUAGGCUGGCAACUUUCUUUGCGACUCCGCGACCGCCUGUGUGCUCACCUGCCGGAUAAAUGGCAGUGACGCUGGCACCUUCAUCGGGUCCGUUCGUGUUACCGCGACCGUCCGUUGUCUCACCAGCCGGAUGAGUGGACCAAUCGUGUCAUCGCGCGGUGCACCAUCCUAAAGUCUGGCAAAAUUGCUAUUCCGCAACCUAAGGUCCCUCACCUCGAGCGCAGUCACGACCGUCUGUUCAGCAACGCAGUUCCUAGAGUUGCUCAAAGGCAUGCGACUCAGCGAAGAAUAAAUCAUGGUGUCAUCCGACGUCACCUCUCUCUUCACUUCGAUCCCGCAACGUCUAACAGUCGAAACGGUUAGCGAACUGCUCUUAAGCAAGUACGACGUGAUAGGCGAAAGUGGGAAACGGGGGCAUCUCAUUCAACUUCUAAAAUUCUGCCUGAAGACGUUUUUUUACCUUUGAAGGGAGAGUGUACGAACAGAUCAAGCGGACGCCGGUGGGAUCACCGCUUUCAGGUUUAGUCGCAGAAACAGUUCUCUAAAAGAUAGAGACCGCAGUCUUCGAGAUCUAUAGGCAAACUUUCCGACUCAAUAUGUCGAUGACACCAUUGUCAUCAUCAAGCGGUAAGCAAAAACCGGCUACCGUUACCGGACGCACCGGUUCACCGGAAACCAAAUUGACAAUGGCAGAAACACACUGCAGCGAGCCAGACGACAAAAUGUCGGAACUACGCUACCUCCAGCGCCUCCUCAUGGCAAACGGGUAUACUCGCAACUUCAAAGAACGCAACAGGCAGCCAAGUCAAAGUCUAGUGACAGACCGGCCAAAAAUCUGGGUAGAGCUUAUAUGCAUUGAUUGCGUCUCUGAGGCAGUCUUCCGUCUCCUAAGGCUACUGGGGAUUGGCAUUGCCCAUCGGCCAGAGUUAACAAUUCGACAUCUCGUCAUGAGACCUAAGACACCUCUGCCACCCGGUGAAAUAACAAACGUGACAGAUCGAAUUCAAUGCAGCUCCUGCGAAAUGAACAACAUCGAAUAGACCGGUAAACGAAUGCAGGCCCGUGUUGGAGAGCACAUGAGGGCGGUUAAGAGGAUAGACCCCUUGUCCCUUGUGGCAGAAAACUGCGCAAACCCUGGACACAUAUUUGCCUUCCAGAAUGCCGAAAUCCUUGGCCGAGGAAAUGACCGUGUGGCCGGAGAAACAACCGAGACCUGGCACACCGGCACGAACUCCAUCAACCGCUGUGUAGCACUUCUGGAAGCCUGCCAGGCCCUCCGGACGCAGCUCACAGAACAGAAGAGCAAAUAUGGGCCACGAGGAGACAGGAACCCAACUACGGCCCGGUCCAUGAGGGACACAAACGCAGCUGCACUUCAGCUUGGAUCUGGCGAAGGUGUGAUCGUCACCACAGCCGCGGCACCUACUUAUAUGGCAGGUGAGAACGCAGGCGGUCUCGGGGUAGUAAAGAAGAUUGCCAGCCUAGGACGAGAAUUAAGGUCCAUGAAAACACGUGCAAUGACGGCUAGCGCCCGAGCGCCGGCCCUCGGACGAGAGUUAAACCCAUUGUAA